GCGGCGGAAGUCCGUCGCUCUUUGCGGUCCGGCCGGAAAUACUUCCGGGUCCGCGCGCACCGGCCAUGGCGGCUCCCCAGAGCGAGGAGGGCAAGGCGGGCGAGAAGCGGUCUCCGUGGCAACGGCUACGCGGCGGGCGCCUGGCGUUGUGGUGGAGCAGCCUACUUCAGGACUACGCAGAGGCCUUCGCUGAGGUGGUGCGGGGCAUCCGUCGGCGGCCGGGCCUAGCCGGGCUCUGGGCUGCGGUGCUGUCCGGGGCAGUAGGCUGCAGUCUGCGGAGCCCCGGCGAGGCCUCCUUCGAGGCCGGGCUGCUGGAGGCCUCAGGCGCUCUCCUCCUCCUCUCGCCGGGGACCCGCAGCACCACUGCCAAGGCCCACCUCCGCCGCCUGCUGGAGCUGCGCGACCAGGGCCGGCUCCGCUUCCAGAGCCUCCUCUUGCUCUCCGUGGUCUACGAGGCACCCUUCGAUGCCGGCGCCGACCUCUACCUGGCCCGCUGCCCCCACCUCCAGCCCCGGUGGGCCGAGCUCCCCAGGCGCCUCCUCGAUGUCGGCUUCUGGGGCCAGUGGUGGGUCCUCAGGGCCAGGAUGAAGGAUGCCGACAUCAACGAGGAAGAGUUCAGCCACCUCCCCGAGCGCCUCAGGAUCGUCACCUUCCACCACCUGCACUCUGAGGCCAAUGAGAAACUCUUUGAGAAGAAAUACAAGCCCGUCGUCUUGACGGAGGAGCAAAUCCAGGAAGCCGAAAGGGAGAGUAGGGGGCCCCGGCUUUCCUAGCAAGGGGCCUUUGCUCUUUCCAUAAAGAACUGCUAUGAAUUGUCUCUUUUCUUCUAGGAACUUAAAGCUCAUUCUGUUCAUGGACAUACUUAGGUAUAGGCAAAUAAAUGCUACCUAAAAAUAG